AUGACUGUCGUUUCUGUGGAUACUAAAAGCGGUUAUAUUGAGACGGAUAAUGAUCGCGUUAUUAUGGCUAUCCUCCUCAUUUUCUUGCCCGUAAGUUUGUUAUGACUCCUAAAAAAUCCAGUGUUUGUUUUCUUCUAACUCAAUUCAGCAAUAUAAGAAAACAUACACUAAGUAGCCCCAUCAGAAUCGUCUGCUCGUUUCCAGCCGCUGGCGGUGUUCUACAAGUCGCGCGGAUGCAGCGGAUCCUUGUGUCUCAACAUUCUGCUCUACGUGUUCCUGAUCGUUCCGGCCUACUGCCACGCCACCUGGUACUGCUUCCUUCGGGGACGGGAACACGAAGUUCGCGCCGAGAUCACCGAGAGACCUUGA